AUGACUAGCUCAAGUUUUUUACCGGUGAUCAAUUGUUACCAACUUCCCCUAAAAGCAUUACGGAAACAUUCUGUUGCUGACAGAAUUAAGCAUGCUACUCACAAUGCUAUAAAUGGAGUUCUAGCCAGAAUCAUCAGUGUAAUAAAUGAGGGUUUUCCAAAACUUAUACAUAAAGUUGCAUUCUCAGGCCUUAAAAACUUAACUAGUUGCCAAACAGACUCCACCAAUCUAAAACCAAAUUGCGAUGACCGUACUAAGGGAAAUGCGCUUGCACGAAGAGCGUCUGAAAGAAGGUCGGUGCCCAUUUAUUCUAUGGCCAAAAUCGCAAAUCGUAUGACACUUUCUCUUUUAUAUACAUUCAUUUGGUUUCUUCAAGACGGACCUUCCGUAACAAACGAUAAAAAAUCAGUAUUUUGGCAAAGCGCCUAUCUUGAUCAGUACCGCGCUGUGAUAAAAAUGAUACCAAAUACGGGUCAGGCUUCGUCACAGUAUGUUUUAUCACAGCAACAGCAUCUCCAACAGCAACAGGCAGUUGGGACAGCGCGUGUGGGACCUUCAAAUAUCCAGCAGGCAUCAGUGACAAUAAUGCCUCAUAUUGAUAGCUUGAUUAAAACUUUAUCUGAUGCUUGCCAACGUGAUGAUCUAAGAUUAAAAGCUUUACAGGAAAUUAGUAACAGUUUUGAAGAAGUGUCACUCACUCCUGCGUAUCAUUCUCUUAUCAGCAACUUAUUGAAUGCUUUUUCGAAGAUUUUCCAGGAUACCGUUCCUCAGUUUAUUGCUGAGAAUAAUACGCAGCAACUGCGUAAGCUUAUGUUGGAAAUAAUCCUAAGAAUGGGUUGUAAUGAGACUGUCAAGCAACUUGCAAAGUCGGUGCAAAUUCAACUUGUAAAAACAAUUCAGACUGAGAAUGAGGAAAAUGCUCUUAUAGCUAUGAAAAUAAUGACUGAACAUAUGCGUGGAUUUCGUCUGCAGUUCUUUCCAGAGGUCUCAACACUGCUGUCUCAUUUUAAAUCUAUGUAUCAAGAAAUGCCUCAUAAUGUUAGUGAAAGAAGGAUGUUUGAACAACGCAGUCAGAUAAAUCAUACUGGAACAACAUCUAACACGGAAGAAAGUAUUAUUGAGUCGUCUCUUCAAUACUGCUUUACACAUACAAUUGUUUAUCUUCCUGAAAGCAAUCCAGAGGCUGUUCAGCCAAGUGGUUAUUCUUUGAUUCCUAGGGCAUCACAAAGUAUUAAGGUGCUGGCAGAAAUCCCUUCCUUCUUGUUAACUCUUUGUCAGCUACACCGACAUAAUAUUAAAAAUGAGUUAACGGACUUUAUGCCUUUAAUCAUUCAAUUUGUGAACUUAUCUAUUCCUGCCGACCAAAAAGCCAGUCAAAUAUUCAGUAUGCCCUUAGCUGAAGAGUUUUACAACUCUCAAGUUCGAGCUUUGAGCUUUCUGGGGAUUAUGGCAAAAACGACAGUGUUUAAUAUGACCGAAGUUAUGAACAGACACUCAGCUUCUUUAAUACAAGGAAUAGUGCAAUUAAUGGAGCGAUGCCCAAACGACACUUUAUCAAUGCGUCGUGAAUUAAUCACUACUGCGAGGAAUUUCUUUCAGUGCGAUAUGCGUACAAAAUUUAUACCAAUACUCCCACGUCUUUUUAACGAAAGUCUGUUGUUGGGGACAGGGUUUACAGUUGUUGAUAACAUGAGGACUCACUUGUAUACUAUAUUAGCCGACCUUGUACAUCAUCUUCGUACUAAUCUCUCCUACAACCUUUUAUGUUGUUCUGUAUAUACAUUUGUUAGAAGUAUACAUGACCAGUCACUACCUCCUACUGUGCAGUCAAUGUGCUGUAAACUUGUCAUGAACCUCAUUGAUUCAACACCCAGAACAACCGUUACUAAUUAUGUACAGCUGUACUUCUCUCAUAGGAAGCGUUUCUACGCCUUAUGGAGUAUUACGGGCCGGGAUAUAUUGCUGUGGAUUAUGGAAAGUUAUGUUCGGAAAUUCCGAGUACUUGCCGAAUAUCAUGUCCCGAUGCUUAUCGCUAGAGAUGGCGCAAACAUACCCGACUUGCGUUUUAAAUCAGACGAAAGGAUUUCUCGGCUAAAAAACGAGAAACUGUGUGCGAGGUCUGGUGACAUAGAUGGAAGAAAAGUGUGUGGACCAGAAUUUGGAAAAGAACUUACACCGUCAAGUGUAGGAACGGCUGUUGGUGAUUCUGAAAUGGAAUGUACUUCAAGUUUAGAGAGGGAUGGUACACACUGCUGUAGCGAAUUACCUCCACCAACAAAAUUUGGGAAGUUACAAACCCCAAAUGAAAUCCUGGUUCAUUAUUGGGCGUUAAAUGCGCCACCAAUGACAUUUAGCGAUGCAAAAUCAAUGUUGCGGGUUCUGGCACAGGCUUGCAAGCAUACUGUACAUGGACUUAACAAAACUCAUUUAACAAACCUGAGCCCAUCUGCGACGCAUGAAGCAAGGUUAAUGGAACGCCUAUUUUAUUACGGCUUGAAGUGUUUGGACGCAUAUGUUUUAGCGCCUCUUUAUCCGGGUGUUUUUAUGCCGUCUCCCUCUAUGCAAAAGUCUGGUUUCAACGGUUAUCGUUCUAAAGAUGAGAAAGAGGUUUUGGAAUGCUUCUCUGGCAUUUUUACUGCUUUGAAUCCAACAAUGUUUAAAGGCAUUUUUUCAAAAUAUAUUGAGGUCAGUUAUUUAUGUUGUUAUCUUUUGCUAAAAUUUAUUUUUUUUAUUGAAAGAAUAUCGCGAAAUCCCUCACUACAACUAAUUUGUAAUGCCUUUCUUGUUACUCCUUCGACUUCAGCGAAGUGCGCAGACGUGUUAAUUCGCUAUCUGAUGAAGAAACUGCCAGAACUAUCUGGUUCAUUUUCAAGUCCUAUAUCUCAAUUUAUCUUUUUCAAAUCCACGUGGCAUUUAGAAAAAAGUAAUGAUAUGACCACUUUGUACCUGAAGCUGUUCAAACUCGUUUUCUCUUCGAUAUCGAGUCAGUCAACGGGAUCUGGUUGCGCUGAAAUUGAGAAGAUGCUACAACCUUAUCUCCACGAUAUGGUUUAUGAAUCUAUGGAACUAGCACUUCGUGGUCGUGAGCCAAUGAAUUACCUUCUGCUUUUGAGGGCUCUGUUCAGCGAUCUUACAAUUUAUCUGGAUAUCUUUGAACUUUGCAGGUCGAUAGGGGGCGGGAAUUAUGAUUUGUUAUAUCAAGCUUUUCUCCCGUUAUUACCUACUUUACUUCAACAGAUAAAUCGUUUACAAAGCAGUGCGCAUCGGCAACAAAUGAAAGAAAUUUUUGUUGAGCUUUGUUUGACUGUACCUGUAAGGCAUGUUUUUUUUUUUUAUUUUUUAUUAUGA